GAAAGCAAGCGAGUGUGGAUGCAUGGAAAGACAAGCACGGCCCAGUGCUCCUAAACUUGCGUGGGUGUGGGUUUCCCCAACAUCUCCGUGGCGUAGUGCAAACAAAUACACACCGCACAGAACAUACUCCCAUCUGCCCCCAUCAAUACCAAAACACAACAACUCGCUCGCCUCUUUCUUUAAUUUUAUCGAUCACUCGCUUGUAGAAAUUGAUAAAAUGGAAGCGACCGAGAAUCCGUACAAGCUCCUACUGGAAGCGGCAUCGAUGAUUCCCAAAUCACAUUAUGUCAUAGCUUUUUCUAUAUUCGGUGUAAUUUAUUUCUACAACUACCUGGAAUUUCAUUUCCUGGAGGAUCUCCGUACCGGUUUUCGAGGCUCUCCGGUGUCUCUUAGUUACCAUUCUUCCUCUCAGCUUUACCACCAAGUUGUUUCCAAGUGUCGCAUUCUUCACGGCAGAUAUUUAGCUACUCCAUGGCUUUCAAGUCCACAUCUGCAGACCGUGCUAUUGGAGCUGGUUAAAAGGCCCGCAGUUCCCCGAUAUAGAAGAAAACUUUUCCAUGCAUCUGAUGGCGGAACCUUUGCUUUGGAUUGGUUACUGAGUGCUGAUGUAUCUGGAAGUACAAUGGGAAAAGACAAUGUCAUUUCGAAAGAAGAUACCACACCAAUCGCCGUUAUAAUUCCUGGUUUGACAAGUGAUUCUGCUUCUGUUUAUUUGAGACACCUUGCCAUCAAUACUGCAAAACGUGGAUGGAACGUUGUGAUAUGCAAUCACCGAGGACUGGGUGGCGUUUCAGUCACGUCUGAUUGCUUUUACAAUGCUGGCUGGACCACGGAUACAAGAGAUGUUAUAAACUAUCUCCACCAUGAAUACCCGAAAGCUCCACUAUUUGCUAUUGGAACUAGCAUAGGUGCAAACAUUCUGGUAAAGUACCUUGGAGAGGAUGGGGAAAAUGUUCCUGUUUCUGGUGCUGCUGCUAUCUGCUGUCCUUGGGACCUUUUGAUCGGUUCUAGAUAUAUAGUCCGUAGACUGGUGCAAAAGGUGUAUGACAUGGCCCUGGCAAUUGGUCUUCGUGGUUAUGCACAGACAAACCAACCUCACUUUUCUCGCCUUGCUGAUUGGGAAGGCAUCGAAAAGUCACGAUCAAUACGAGAUUUCGACAACUACGCUACCUGUCUUGUUGGAAACUUUGAGACUGUGGAUACGUACUAUAGGUUAUCUAGCAGUGCUCCGUUUACAAGAUUCGUAUCAGUUCCACUAUUGUGCAUAAGUUCUUUGGAUGAUCCACUUUGUACCGCAGAAGCCAUUCCUUGGGAUGAAUGCAGAGUAAAUAAAAACAUUGUUCUUGCUACCACAAAACACGGUGGACAUCUUGCGUUUUUUGAGGGAAUAACAGCAUCUGGACUAUGGUGGGUGAGAGCAGUCAAUGAAUUCCUUGGUGUACUACAUUCCAGUACUUUCAUGCAUACGCAGAAAAAGAUGCAAUUUAGUGGACGACAUUCUGCCUCCGAAUCUUUGAUUGACCAAGGCCCAUAUGUUAAUCUGGCGGAUGGAAUGGUAUCGGCUAUCGGCAAUGAGCCAGACACGAAAGCUUAUAGUGCAACAGUUCUUGAAAACAAAGAAGAUUCGAUCAACAGUGAUUUCAAGCUGCUUGAUGCAUCUAAAUCAAGAAGAGCGUUGGAACAGCAUUCUCAACACAACAAAAAAGCAAUUUGAUGCCAUGCUACCUUGAUGGGAUUGCUCCAUCGUUAUUUUAGAGCGAGGUUCCUGAAAAGUAUUACUGUUCACUGGUACUGUUCCUCGGGUACUGUUCACGCCACUGUUCACCUCUGUUUUUCACUGUUCAUCCCCAGAUUUUCAUACCGCUGCCAUCUCUAUACCACUCCGCCGCUGCCCAACUUCAAAACUAUCAAUCCCCACCAGAAAAAAACCACGAAAAAUCUGCCCAAAUCCACAAAUUCUGAACCCUAAUUACAUACCCGACCUGAUUACAAGCCCUAAUUCUCAAAUCAUUAACCCUAAUUGCUUAACACCACAAAUCGCAGAUCAUCACAACUGACUGGAGUUUCAAUCUGCAACAAGAAUCAAGAAGAAUCAGAUUCGAAAAAAAAAAAAAAACACAAGAAGACACGUCUGAAGUGGCCUGACUUUGGAUAUCUAUUGCUAGCCGCCGGAGUCACGCUGCUGCCGGAGUCUCUGCUGCGGUUACUUGCCGAAAACCGCAUCUGUUCGCUGGAAAUAAGUCUCGUUGUCAAAGGUCACGACAUCUCCUCUGAACAUUAGCUGCUUUCCUACCGUAGGGUUUUUCAGCUUCCAGAAUACUACAAACCAGUUUCUGAUAUUCCAGAAAGUACUGAACAGCCUCUGAAAUUCUCAAUAUCUGCUCCUUCUGAAUUGUUCUUCAAUUUUAACUUUGGUCUUCCAUGUUUUUUUAUAAGCCAUGUCUGCUCACAUCAAGCGACAAAUUGAUAUUGUGAAAGAUAAUAUCUAUUUCAUUAAGCGUGAACGUGAUGAGUUAUACUAUGAAGUCUAUGUCUCAUGCCACGAACGAUGGUUACCUCAAUAUGAGUUUACGUUGAAGGGGUUAGAUGAACAAUAUGAUGAACUUGAAUGGUUGGAAAAGAAGUACUGUAUUGAGUUGAGGAAGGAAAGGUGCAAACGUGCAGAUGAGGAACGAAAACAAACUUUUGAUGAUCUCAUAUCUCAAGUGAAACGUCUUAUGCAUUUAGAGAAUGAGAAAAAGGUCAAACAAACAAAUGAAGUUGAGCAUAUUGAAGGAGUUGUUACGGAAGAUUCAAUUGAGGAAGUUAAACAAGUAACGGAAGAUCCAAUUGAGGCGGUUAAACAAAUUGAGCAUAUAGAGGUUGCAAGUGAGGAGCAACUAAAAGAAACCACGCCACCCGACUGCUUUCAAAUUGUUGAAGAUCAUAAAGUAGUUGAUGAAAUUAUUGAGAUUGAGCACAUUGACUUCAUUAUUCCGGAGUACUUGUCUAAGUCCCAGUCGCUUGCUUAUCAGUUUUCAAAGUUCUUUGCACCUCGCCCAUGUUUCAUGAAACGCUCGAACUUCAUCUUGGUUCCAUCUCACCAUUCUUGCAUCGUUCUUGAUUUCUACAAAACUCGUGGUCGAGUUUUUUCUAACAAGGGGAGAAUGAUGAGGAACGGGAAUAAACAAUUAAUAUAUAUAUUAUUAAUUAGUUUAUAUUUGUUUAGCGUAGAGACAAAUAAUGUAUUUGUCUAUAUGUUUUAUAUGUGGGGUUAGUAGUUUAUUUAUAAUAAAGCCCAAUUGUUAUGGGCCUUAGUCCAUUAGGUUAUUUAUUAGGGUUUUUAUUCCCUAUAUAAGCAUUGUAAUCCCCACAUUAUUACUUAGCUUUGAUUAUACACCUUUCUCGGGAAUAAUAUUGAUUAUUUAUUCUUGGGAAUCGUAUAAUUCAUUGAUUAUUAUCUUAUAACUGUUUUUAUUGCUUUAA